AUGGCGACUCCAGCGGACGUGAGAGCAAUAUUCGAGGCGAGAUUGAAGGAAACAUCGCCACCACCGGACUUCCAUCCACUCGACUUGGAGCGAGCAAAGGAUGAAAAAUACUUGAAACGAGUGUUACAACACACGGAUAAAGAUGCGAAAGAGGCGGCAAACAUGCUCUGGGACAUCUGUGUUUGGCGAAAAUCUGUCGGCGCGAAUGAUAUCAAUGAAUCUAACAUUCGUAUGGAUUACGUGAAAGAAGGUAUUUUUUUUACUCAUGGAAGGGAUAUAGAUGGUAGUCUUUUGUUCAUUUUCAAAGCUAAAAUGCAUGUUAAAGGCCAAAAAGAUUAUGAGGAGGUGAAGAAAAUCCUCAUUUACUGGUUUGAUCGCGCUGAGAGAGAAGAGGGUGGUAAACGAGUCACUUUGUUCUUAGAUAUGGAAGGUAGCGGGCUGGGCAACAUGGAUAUGGAGCUAGUCAAGUACUUGAUCACACUCUUCAAACUGUACUAUCCAUACUUUUUGAACUAUAUUGUGAUUUACCAGAUGCCUUGGGUCUUGUCAGCCGCUUUCAAAGUCGUUAAGACCUUACUCCCUGCUAAAGCCGUUGAACGAAUGAGGUUCGUUACCAAAGACACAUUAAAGGAUGUAGUUGCCCCUGAACAAGCUUUAGUCAGCUGGGGCGGCAAGGAUAACUACGUAUUUGAAUUCAUUCCGGAGAACCGAUCGGAACACACUCCGAAAAAAGUAACGUUUGCUGAACAGGGAGACAGUCAACAUUCUCCUGGAGAGAUGCUCCGUCUUGUUCCAAAUGAUACAAUCAUUUUCAAAACCGAUGGGGAUGAAAUAUCGGGACAAUUCACCAUUACGAAUAUGGAUGACAGUGCAGUCUCUUUCAAAAUAAGAACAACAGCCCCCGAGAAGUUCAGAGUAAGACCAAGCUCUGGUACAUUAGCCACCGGAGCCUCCCAAACCGUCUUAAUCGUAGUCCAACCUGGAAUACAUCUCCGAACCGUAACCAAAGAUAGAUUCCUCGUUAUGUCCAUCCAAAUACCGAAAACUGAUGUGACACCGAAAGAACUGACACAAAUCUGGCACUCGUCCACUGGUAGCAAGACUGAUGAAUAUCGACUCAAAUGCCAGUUCCCGGAGAAAGAUAUACCAAAGAAUGGUAAUGUUACGGAAGGGUCAUCUCUUGAGAAGUCCGACUCCGCAAGUUCAGCGCUGAGUAACCUGGAACAGAACUACGCGAAGCUGCACCGAGACUUGAAACAGCUGAAGUUGUUGCAAUUUGUCACUUUAACGAUGACCGUGCUGGUUGCGGUUUUAGGAUACCUACUGUACGAGAAUAUGGUCGAAGAGAAUCGGUAUUGUGAACGUAUGUAG